UUUAAUAUGUUAACAUGUUUAACUUCUCUGUUAAUAUCAGUGGGUGUUGUAUUUAUUUUUCGAUUUAUCAAUAUGAAGUAUAAACCGGCUAUAUUUGGUAUUUAUCAACAACGAAACAAAACUUACUGGUUUAAGUUUUUAUUUAUGUAUUCUAUUCUUAGAAUUAGACAGGUUAUCACAUAUCUGAAAAGACUAUUAGCAAUAGAAUCAGGUCGUAGUCCUGACGGAGUUGCACAUGUCCAAGAACAUCACGCGAAACUGGAGCAUAUAUACAAAUUGGAUGACCAUACUUUGGGAAUCGAUGGCGUUUACUAUAAUGGAAUGUCUGAAAAUGGAGAUGCUAUCAUUUGUGGAUUAGCAAGAAGGCCACAUGGAAUCUGCGAUUCUUUCUUAUAUUUGAAGAUUAAAAAUGAACCCCUCCUACUGACACCUAGACUUCCGGAUACUUACGUGCAACGAACAAAGGAGGACGAGGAUGAUUAUAGCGUUCAAGGAAUUAAAAUUAAAAACUUUAUACCUAUGCGCACUUGGACGUUAUCUUACAAAGGAGAAAUGAAACCUAGAAAUGAUGUUAAUAAAACGGUAAAAGUGUCAGCUGAUCUCAUAUGGAGCGCGCAGUGGGCGCCAUUCGAGUACGACACGCAGAUGUCACCAUACAGCGUCGCGGACGACAUGGCGAGAGAACCUUGGUCGAGUGACUAUUUUGAACUUGUUAAGAAACUACAUCAGACGCAUUAUGAGCAAAUGGGAUCCCUUACCGGCACCGUGACGGUCGAAGACAACACGUACAAUAUAAACAUGCCGUGCGUUAGAGAUAGAAGUUUUGGACCUUUGCGGGAUUGGCGUAACUUCCAUCGCUACGUUUAUCAUUUCGUAUUCCUCGAGAACGGCGACUGCAUGGCUAUUGGAAGUGUUUCGCAACCCGCAAUACUAUCUCACCUUACCAUUGGAUAUUUAUGUAAGAAGGCAGAUCAGAGUGUAGUUGCAGUGGAUGCAUCCGAUUUCCAUCUUUACCAACACGGAGAAAAUCAAAUACUUCCCAAGGACUAUGGUUUUAUAUUUCAAGCUGGAGGUCAAUCAUACGCAAUGCGAGUAAUGUUAAUUGAUGAAGAUAAGUUUUACAUUGGAAAGGAUAGAGAAGCAAAGUUCUACGAAAGAUGGAGCAACGUUGAAGUGAACGGUGUUAAAGGAAAGGCGUGUGUGGAAUGGCAGUUCAAUAAUACGCAAAAAUAA